AUGCAGACCAAGGGGAUCCUGUUGGCGGCGACCGCGGCGGCCCAGUACGUCGCUCUCGCCGCCGCCUACGGCAACAAUGCCUGGCUUCCCAGACAGGACGGCGAGAUUGUCUCCCAGAACUGGAGCAACUUCACCAACACCACCACGACUUCCUCUACCACCACGACAUCGUCCACCACCACCACAACCUCGUCCACCACCACCACAACCACAACCACCACUACCUCCUCUUCCUCGUCCACCGAGUCGAGCACGACAUCGCUCCUCACAACAUUGACAACCUCGCUGUCCACCACCACGACCGAUGACGAAUCCUCCACGACCGAUGACCCGUCAAGCAGCAGCUCCCAGUCCACCCGCUUCACCGCGCCGUUGAAUUCCACCACCACGCGCCCCGAGGCCACUGCCAACUCGGCCAACCCUCUCUCCCCGGGUCGCUUCAACUCGAGCACCACCGGCGUGGGACACAACAGCACCACCGACUACCGACUCCCGCUGCCCACCAGCGGCUUCCCCACGAGCUCGGCCAAUGCCACCGCUGCUCACAACCGGACGACGACGCCGGCCUUGCUGCCCACGAACCGCCCGCUCUUCAACUCCACCGCCGGUCUCAACACCACCGCCAGCCUCAACACGACGUCGGCCACCAACACCACCACCUCGACCAGCACGCGCUGCGGCGUCGCCGGCAGCUUCGUGACGCCCCCUAGCCACGCCACCAAGGCCGACAGCAUCGACGAGUGCGCCGCCGCGUGCCGCGCCCGCGGCAACCUCUGCAAGUCCUUCGAGGCCGGCACCGUCGACGGCGACGGCAACAACUGCUGGCUCUUCCCCCAGAGCCUCUCCGAGAUGGAGAUUGGCGGCGCCCAGGACGGCUUCAGCUGGAACUUUUACGACCGCGACUGCGACGUCGCCUCCCGCUGCGGCCUCCAGGGCAGCUUCAUCACCAAGCCCAUCCAGAGCCUGCGCCUGUCCACACUCGGCGACUGCCAGCAGGCCUGCAAGGCCGACGCCAACUGCAAGACUUUCGAGGCCGGCUCGCUCGACGGCAACGAGCACAACUGCUGGCUCUUCGACACCCCCAUCACCUCCCUCAACAUCGGUGGCGCCUACACCGGCUGGAAGUGGUCCUUUUUCGACCGCGACUGCGAGCUGGCCCCGUAA